AUGGUAGAUACGACAACGCAAUGUGGAACCAGACCUGGAUUCUCCGGAUUCCAAACCGAAAUCGCCUCGAGACAAGCAACUCCGGCCGCGAAUUUCUACAGUUGGAUCACUCGAUUCGUCUCCCGCGCGUGGCGCAACUUGAGACACGGCGACACGGCCGCCAUCCACGUGGAAGCCAGCGAGUCCAACGCGGCGCCGGUGCAGUCGAACGUCACGGACCCGCUGAUCGUGGGAGGCGAAUUUGCGCAGACCGGGGAGGCUCCGUUCAUGGUCCGUCUCGUCAUCAACUUCCCGUCGGGACCCAGUUCCUGUGGGGGCUCGGUGAUCAACGAGAAGAACGUCCUCACUGCCGCUCAUUGUCUCGUGGACACGUCGGAAAAAGCCACAGGUGGAAUUGCGAUCGCAGGGACGAAUUACGUGGACACCACCACGAACCCCGUCACCGUUGGACCGACGAAUCAGUCCAUCUCUUAUACGUCUUAUGACUACCAUAGCAGCUACGACAUCGCCAUCGUUCAUCUCUCUUCGAGCUUCGUCUUCAACGACAACGUGCAGCCGAUCUGCCUGCCUACUUCGGACGACAAGAACCUCGCCGGAUGCACGAAUUACGCCUACGGAUGGGGGGCCACGUCCGCACCGGGUGGACAGCUGAGUCCGAACUUGAAGAAAUUGAGGGUGAACGUGAAGAGCAUGGCGUUCUGCUCGAUGCUUGGUUUUCUCAAGUCUGCUCAACUCUGCAUCUCGGCGUAUACCGGCCCGGCGGGUGUAUGCUUCCAGUGCACAGGAUUAGGGAAGAGGAGAAUCCCAGCCACCCCAAAUACUACACUUUCUCUAUCCCAAGUGGAAGAGAGUUCCUCUGAUCAUCUACUCCUCCUCCCGAGGUUUCAGUACGGGAGGAGGAAUCAUGGCGGCCCCGUCGUGACGACGUACAACGGGAGGCUGUAUCAAAGCGGAAUUACGUCCUACGGGUCCUUAUCGUGCACCAAGAGCGACGUUUUCACCCGAGUCUCUUACUACAACGACUGGAUUGCAGCAAACAUCAAAUGA